CGGCUUCGCUAUAGCAACGGGGACGCGACCCCGGCCCCAGCCAUGGCGGCGCCGCGGCGGUGCCGGGAGGUGACCGGUCCCUUCCCGCGCUCCGUAGCAGUGAGAGCCAAGCCUCCUAAAGGACAAAGAAGUGAUUUCCUCUUGGCCCGCAGACAGAAAGAAGAGGAACUCCUGGAAGAUGCUCGCUUGUUAAAGCUGUACAACCAGCAUCGUGAGGUCUAUGAGUGGCAUCAACGCAACGAACUAAAAUGGCUGCACAGGGCUGUGCAGAGAAAAGUGGAUGCGACAAUGCAGGAAUAUCUGGCAAGGACUGAGGAGAGACGAGAGAGGCUUCGUGAGCUCCUGGAGGCAGAGGAAAACAGGUAUUUUGCUGAGAUGGACUCACUUGAAGAAACGGUACAGGAGAAACAAGAGAAAAUGAGGGAGCGAACAAAAUUACUGAGAGAGAAGAGAGAAAAAGAGAGACAACAACUGGUGGCUGAAAAACGAGAGCAGCAAUUCAGAGAACAAUGUGAGGAGCUUCGCAUACAGUGGAUGAAGAAGCAUCAGAAGGAAUUGUGUGCAGACCGGCUGGCCCAGCUAGCUCUGAAGGAGGAAUUGAAAAAGCAACAGAAGAAGGAGGAGCAGAUGUUUGCAGAGCUUUGGGAAGAGGAUAGGUUGGCUAAGGAAAAACGAGAGGCAGUGGAGAGGCAGAAAUCAGCAGAACAGAAUCGGGAAAUCUUGGAUGUGCUCAGUGCCCAAGUAGCAGUACUCAGUGCUCACAAAGAGGAGGCAAAGCAGCUGAAGGAAGAAGAGGCUCGACUGCUGGAAGAACAACAGCAACUGCUUCAGCUAGAAAGUAAACAACUUAAGAUGGCAAAACUACAGAAGCAGAAGGAAUGCAGGGAUAUGUUGCUCAGUGCAGCACAGGACAAGAAGAAUCGUCUUCAUGAAGAAAAACAAGAUGAACUUGCCCUAGAGAUGAAGAUCUUAGAAAAAUCUCUUCCCCACGAGGACGCAGAGGAGAAAACAAAAAGAAAAGUAAGGGCCAGAGGUGUUUGUUGUGAAGUUGUGAAGUGUUGUGAAUGGAGUGAUGCACUUCACUUGUAAGAGUGAAGUAGAAAUAUGUGCAUUGAUAUAAAACAACGAUUUAACAAAGCUUGAUAGUAAAUGCCACAGUGGUUUAACAAGAUUCAAUGGCAAGGCUCACUUGAUAUUUACU